CUCUUUUUUCUUUUGAUUUAUUUCAGUAAUCGCUGUUCUCUCACCGCUGAGGACCUCAACAGACAGUGGCUGAAGCCGGACCCUAAUUUAAGCCCCACAAUUUACCACACCAAAGGCUUCCUCUAUUACCUCAACAGCAUAGGCAGGACACCGCUGGUGUUUUGCGAUUACCAUGGUCACUCCAGGAAGAAGAAUGUGUUUCUGUAUGGCUGCAGUAUGAAGGAAACCCUGUGGCAAUCUGGAUCUCCCAUUAACACGGCCUCCCUGAAAGAAGACCCGGGAUACAGGACCAUCGCUAAAACUCUGGGCAGAAUAGCUCCUGCAUUCUCUUUCAACAACUGCAAUUAUCUGGUGGAAAAGUCUCGGGCGUCCACAGCCCGGGUGGUCGUUUGGAGGGAGAUCGGAGUCCUCCGAAGCUACACCAUGGAAAGCACUUACAAUGGCUGCAAUCAAGGCAUCUACAAGGGGUUGCAGACAGGGACACGGGAGCUGGAGGAGAUGGGAAUGAAGUUCAGUCAGAGUCUUCUCACCCUCAGGAGGAACGCCAUCCAUUAUAACAGCCGUCUGAUCCAACACGCAUCUGCCCUGUUGGACCUGGACGACAGGCUUCUCAACCACAAAUCCAAUAAGUGAGUUUUAAAUG